UCACUUUUCUCCCUUUAGAAAUGUCAUCCACAAAAUUUAAAGUAUCUCACCAAUAGUUAAUCAUUCAUAACAUGUAAAAAAGCAUACAAUAAGCUAUGACCAAAAACAACGAUUGUACGUGUAUCGUGCCAUGUCCCUGUAAAGAAUGUGACCGGGACAACCCCAAAAAAUCGGAGGGCUUCUGCGACUGCGGCAAUACAGGCUGUCAAUGUGAGGCCCAGUCAUCGGUAUGGGAUACCGAGGAGGAUUAUUGCAAUUGUGACGACAUUAAUAUAUGUCUAGGCGAAGGGGCGCCGGAUGACGAAGACUACUGUGAGUGCGGUGACGAAUGUCCGAGUGGCAGUACGAUGAUGACUCAAAAAUCAAUUUGCUACUGCGAAACUUGCAAAUGUGCGGACUGCAUGCACACACAAGGUGCAUCAAAAUCGUAUGCGGAUACGACCGGAGAUUUGGAUGAAGAAAUAUGUGAAUGUCCACCUCCUUGCGAUUGUUCUGUGGCUUUAGAAUCGUCAAGGCGAAGUCAAUCUAAUCCAGGAUCAUGUACUUGUCCACCGACACCAUGUAGCUGUCCGAACUCAGGUGGAACUGGGACCGAGAAGAGCUGUAAAUGUACAAAGUGUGAAUGUAAACCAUGCAGUUAUGGUGGUGAAGGCAAAGCCGCUGAUGAGAAAAAAGGUCCGAACUGCACCUGUAUAAAAUGUUUGUGCGCCGAAUGCGGUGUUCAAGCUUCAGGGAAAGAGGAAAAGAAGGAUAAGGAACCAACCAAGGAGAAAUCAGACAAGAAACCUCAAAAGGAAUCAAACUGUAUCUGUUUAGAUUGUAUAUGUGUCGAGUGUCAGGGUAAAAAUAAACCAUCAGAGAAAAAAGCUGAAGAUAAAGCUAAAAAAGGUGAAAAAGUAGACAAAGGUACCUGCAAAUGCGAACCAUGCGCAUGUACAGACUGCGUUUCUAAAGAAAAAGAUAAAGCCGACAAAGGAAACUGCAAAUGCGAACCAUGUAAAUGCCCUGAUUGCGUUUCAAUGGCAAAAGGUAAAGGAAACUGCAAAUGCAAGCCAUGUAAUUGCCCGGAGUGCACUGCGAAGGGUGAGGGUAAAGACGACAAAGGAAAUUGCACUUGCAUCGAAUGCAAAUGUUCAAAUUGCGUUGCUAAAGGUGGCAAUGCUGCUAAAUCUGGAGCUAAGGACGACAAAGGAAAUUGCACUUGCAUCGAAUGCAAAUGUACAGAUUGUGUUGCUAAGGGUGGCAAUGCUGCGAAAUCAGGAGGAGCCAAGGAAGACAAAGAAAAUUGCACCUGCGUUAAAUGCAAAUGCACGGAUUGCGUGGCUAAGGGUGGCAAUGCUGCGAAAUCAGGAGAUAAGGGCGACAAAGGAAACUGCACCUGUAUUGAAUGCAAAUGUACGGAUUGCGUGGCUAAGGGUGGCAAUGCUGCAAAAUCAGGAGCCAAGGACGAUAAAGGCAAUUGCACCUGCACCGAUUGCAAAUGUGUGGAUUGUGUGGCUAAGGGUGGCAGCGGUGCUAAAUCAGGAGCUAAGGACGACAAAGGAAAUUGCACCUGCGAGAAAUGCAGCUGCACAGAUUGCGUUGCUAAGCGUGGCAAUGCUGCGAAAUCAGGGGGUAAGGACGACAAGGGAAAUUGCACCUGCUCCGAUUGCAAAUGUGUGGAUUGUGCGGCUAAGGGUGGCAGUGCUGCAAAAGAUAAAGGUGACAAAGGAGGCUCAAAAUCUGCUGAUAAAAAUGCCGAUCAAAAGUGUACUUGUGGGGAUUGUCCAUGCAACCCUUGUGAAAGGGGCGGCGGCAAAGAAGGCGGUAAAGACAAAUGUAAAUGCGGCCAAUGUCUUUGUCCAAGUUGUCCCGGAAAAAAUGAGAGUUCCAAAGCACGUCCGGAAAAUUGUACGUGCAAGGAGUGCGUUUGUAAGGAGUGCGAAGGAACGGGACAACACAAGGAAAAGUGCAAAUGCGAUCCGUGUAUCUGCCCGUCCUGCAAGUUACCCGGAGGUAAAGGCGACACGGCGGCAGAUUUUAUGUUUCCUGCUGCCAAGCCGGCGGAGGACUGUGACUGCAUCAUAUGUACGGAAAAAAAAAAACUUAGUGGUGGUCCAGACAAAUGCGCCGAUAGAGACCCGAGUCCGCCUCUGAUUGAGCUGCACAAAAGGAGUUCCGGCGCUGGGGAGGGUUGCGAUUGCGACGAUUGCACUAGUAAGAAACGUGCCAAGAACAAAAGGAAGAAGGCGAAGAAGUGUGCCGCUCCUCCAAACGUGUUCCGCUGCGAAGAUGAAGGUAAAAAGGAUAACAAACAGGAAAAGAAUUGCGGCAUUGACAAAUCUAUGUCGAAAAUGAAGGCGGAACUGUCGCAACUGGAGGAACAAUGCAGAGCAAAGGAUGUAAUAAUUAAUCUUAUGACGGAGGAGUUCAAGACACGCGUAAGCGAAGACUACGUUUAUAAUCUCGUGAACAAAGACGGCGAUGAAACGUCAGUCGAUAUGUCUAAUUUUGAAGUAUUGGAUGUAAGACGUUGUGCUUUGGAUAGUCUGAUUAUAAAAUGGGCACCACCGAAGUCAGAAAAGAUCGAAGGAUACGAGGUUCACAUUGACAAUGCGUUAAAACAAAAACUAUCCAAGCAGAGAACAAUGGUCAUGCUGAAUAACAUUAAUCUCACACAGGAUGUGGAAAUCAGUGUAUUUGCAAUCAUUGAUAAAACACCCUGGGAUCCACCUGCCAUGGCAUUAUAUAAAGUCUGUAAAUAAAUAAUUUUAGUUUUCCUAAUUAAAGGUGGAUUAAGUCUA